CGCGCACGCGCAGUAGGCCCCAUUCGGGCAACGCUUCCUGCCAAAUAGUGCUCCCUAACAACAGACAAAGCUUGACACUGUGGAUAAGGUUGAAGACGCUAUAAUUUAAAAAAAAGCGUUUCUCGGUCACUCCUUCAAUGGGUCCGGACGGGCUUUCCAGGUAGAGCGAGCGUGAAGCCGAGCGUGCGGACAUGUCGGGUCGCUCUGCUGCAGAGAUGGAUGACUCGCAGGAGCUGCCGGCAAAGAAAGCCAAGCGGGAGAUAGAUGGUGGACUGGAGAAAGAGUCAUGUAAUCUUGGUGACGGUGGGAGUCCAGCUGCUGUUUUAGGUCCAUCAGAGCAGGAAAACUCAUAUUCUGCCCUGUCCACUGCCCAACUUGACCCAGGUGAUCAGGAGCACAUAGACAGAGGGGCAGCAUCUCAAGAGUGUGGCGACUCGAUGAACUCGUACGCACAUUCUGCCACAGACUCAACCGCCACAUCUGAAUAUACACAACAGGUUUAUCAAGGAAGCAACCCUGCAGUGACGUCGUACACAGGCCAGGUGGCGUUCCCUCCUCUGGCCCAGUCCACUGUGUAUUCCGCCUUCCCCCAGACAGGCCAGACCUAUGGCCUCCCACCGUUUGGUGCUAUGUGGCCAGGCAUAAAAACAGAGACAGGGCUGCCUGAGGCACCCUCUGGUGGCCAGCCUGGGUUUCUCAGCUUCAGCACCGCAUAUACCUCAAGCCAGCCAGGCCAGCUGCACUACUCAUACCCCAGCCAAGGCUCAAGUUUUACAACAUCUAGUGUGUACUCCAACAUCCCUUCAGCUACAGCCACGACUACAGCCUCCGCCGCAGUGGCACACCAGGAAUUUAGCAGCUACAACUCUCUGGGCCAGAGUCAGUUCUCUCAGUACUACGCUCUGCCUCCCAGCUAUGUUCCCGCUGGGCUGCCCAGCAGCGACGAACAGGGCGCCGCUGUGGGUGUUGGCGGAUAUUCGGCAGUGAAGUCGGAGGAAGCCGCCUCAGCUGGACUUCCUCCCAGAGAUGCAUCCCCACCAGAGGACCUCCCAGUAGGAGCAGCUCUUCCCACCAGUGUAGCUCUUCCUGCUGGAGCCAGAGAGCAGGAUGAGGUCGGACGCAGAAACUCUGUUGGAAAAGCCAAAGGGAAGGCCAAGAAGUCUGACAACUCCCCGCCAGCUGACACUGACCUUGAGCGUAUUUUUCUGUGGGAUCUGGACGAGACGAUCAUCAUAUUCCAUUCCCUGCUCACCGGCUCCUAUGCGCAGAAGUUUGGCAAGGACCCAGCGACGGUGCUGAACCUGGGCCUCCAGAUGGAGGAGCUGAUCUUUGAGCUGGCAGACACUCACCUCUUCUUCAAUGACCUGGAGGAAUGUGAUCAAGUCCAUGUUGAGGAUGUGGCCUCUGAUGACAAUGGACAGGACCUGAGUAACUACAACUUCUUGGCCGAUGGCUUUAAUGGUCCCAGCGGUGGCGGCGGUGGUGGAGGUGGAGGAGCGACAGGAGCGACGGCAGGAGUCCAAGGAGGGGUGGAGUGGAUGCGCAAACUGGCCUUUCGCUACCGCCGGCUAAAAGAGAUCUACAAUGGCUACAAAGGAAAUGUCGGAAGUCUGUUGAGUCCCAUGAAGAGGGAGCUGCUCGUACGGCUUCAGUCUGAGAUCGAGAAUGUCACCGACGCCUGGCUCAGCACGGCGCUCAAGUCUCUGCUGCUCGUCCAGUCCAGGGGGAAGUGUAUGAAUGUGUUGGUCACCACCACCCAGCUCGUUCCAGCUCUGGCCAAAGUUCUGCUCUACGGCCUGGGAGACGUCUUCCCCAUCGAGAACAUCUACAGCGCUACAAAAAUAGGAAAAGAGAGUUGCUUUGAGAGGAUCAUUUCUCGCUUCGGGAAGAAAGUGACCUACGUGGUGAUCGGUGACGGUCGAGAUGAGGAGUUUGCGGCAAAGCAGCACAACAUGCCCUUCUGGCGGAUCUCUACUCACGGCGACCUCGUUUCCCUGCACCAAGCGCUGGAACUGGACUUCUUGUAAAGGAGCGGCGGCGUUGACUGUCGCACACAAAAGGGAAAACGCCGUCGUCGUCGUCCUGUUGGCUCAUGGAGUGGCACUGCUUGAGAACAUCCUCCACAACCCCAACAAUACACACUCGCCUAUUAAAAAAAAAAUACGCCUACCUGCCCUUGCAGACGACAAGAACUCGCCGCGUGAUGGUAAAAUGUACCGAGAAGGACUUUGGGUCGGAGCGGACUGCGAGCGAUGGACUGGAUGAAGGUUCCACACGUCCAGCGCCUCCCUCCUACGGCAGCUAACCUCACCGCGGCCGAGACUGGCACUGAUUUGGACACGGAAGGGAAGAUAGAUUUUGGUUUUCGACUUUCCUCAUUCUCUAAUUUUCUUUUCAAGUAUCAAAAUCUCCUGCGGAAAAUACUAUCCCGCUCUCUUUCCAUUUCUUUCUGGAUGUAAACAACCAAAGGGCCACUGUUCUUUUAUUGUCAUUCUCUUUGAGAGUAGUUGUAGCUUUCUUAUUUAGACUGUGUAAUUUGAAAGAAUAAUAUCAAAGCGAAUGUUUAAAAAAAACUCACUCUGGGUUUGUUGCGCACUCGUUCGAAAAGAUUCAAAAGCAUCCUUUCUCGGGUCUUGUUUUGCAAAACACUGAGUUAUUGAUAUUCAUCGAGGAUCAAAUGAUGCUGUAGCCGGUCCAAUGUUCAACACAAGGUACGUGACGGGGUUUAAAGAACGAGGAGGGUAACACGAUGAUCUCCUGAUCAAACCACACACACAAGUCGUCAGCUGCCCUGACCUCGUCACUGACCCAGUGUGUGUGCGCGUGUGCGUGCCAGCGACUGUGUGCUGAGAAUCACAUGCUGCUGGAUGAACCGCCGGCCAUGAUUUAUUUGUUCGUUGAAUAUUGUGGGAGGAAAAGGAUCAAUCAGCAGCGCUCUCAAAAUAACAAUCAAUUGGUUUUAGUAUUCUUCAUUUUGUGUGAACAUAAUAUAUCCGUAUAUUGAAAAAAAAAAAACUCUGCUUAAAAUGAAUAAUGUAGUGUAGAUUUGAGGCGCACUGCUCAUAUCUCAAAAAAUAAUAUGUUCCCCUUUUGUUAGCUCAGCUUGCCUGAAAAAUUGCUUUGACACAAACCAUCUCAGCUCUUGAAGUUUGUGGAGACGCGUGGUUUUCACAGGACACAAAACAAUAAUCAUUAAUAUUUCUGGGUUCACACCUCCCGCCGGUCUUUUUGGACUCACUCCGAAGUGUCCUUCAAAUCCCACAAGGAGACAAAACUUUGAUCACAAUCGUUUUUUGUGUGUUAAGAUGAAAGUGGCACAGUGUGUGUUGUAUUUAAUAAUCAACCAAGGCUUGUUGGAGAUCACGUGACUCUGACAUUGUUUGAUGGUGUGAAUGAGGAUCAUGUGACCCUGAUCCAUGUUGUCUCUAUGUUCAGUGUUUUAAAGACGAGGCAGGAAGACGUGAGCACGUAUCUGGACAGAUUUCGAAACUCGUCCGAGCUCUGAUCAUGUUUUUUUUGUUUUUUUUGCUCCCUUUUUUUUGUUUUUGUUUUUUACAUAAAGCUUGUCAUAGAAUAUUAGCUAGUUGUAGAAAUAUAUUUCAAUAAUCUUCUGUGGCUAAAAAAAUCAAAAGGCUUUGUUGAUGCAAUUGUGUGUCAUUUACCAAAAAAAGGAAGUUGCAUCCUUUUGAUUACAAAGACGUUACACGACAGGGUUUUUUCAGGUGACAUUCAAUUGAGCUGUAGUUCAUGCUCAGUUAUUCUAACUUCUUCUCACAUUUUGUGUAAAAGCACCAACAAUUAGUUGGGAAAGAAAUGGUCCGUAACUUUUAUUAUGAUCAUCGAUUUGCCAGAAAUCUGGGGAUCUGGUUCUCGACCGAAGUGUUUGACCUGAAUAUCUUGGACACGUAAACAAUUGAUCAGUUUAUUGAUUAGAAAAAUAACUGGCAGAAUAACCAAAAGUUUCCGCCAUAAAUGCAGAUGUUCAAAUUGACUAUUGUAGAGAACACAGAAAAACUGCAAUUCUUUUUGUUUGAGUAAAAAAUAAAAAAUGAACAAUUUGGUGACUUUGUUUUAAAACGAUUAGUCAAUUAUCUGAAUGCUUGCUGACCCACAACCUUUUUGAGUCACAUUUGAGGGGCAGGAUCUCAAAGACCGUGCAAUACAUGUCUACUUUGCUCGUUAACUGUAUUUCAAAGGGAUUUCUUUUUUUCUUUUUUUUUUCCAUUUGCUUGUUGGAGACGUGCGGUGAAGCCGGAAUCGCCGACUCUCCCGGAUCCGUAUGAGAUUACGACUGAACAAUACUGAGCCUGAAGAAGAUUUAGUAUUUUACACACAUGCAGCUUUGACCGUUAAGAAUGUGUAUUUCUUGUGUUUAAAAAUUGUUUUGCGACUCUUGUGUGACCGUUCAUAUUUAUACCGUGCCUUUAACCGUCAUCCGUACGCAUAAUCUCAAAAAGGGAAAUAUGUACGAUUUUUGUGUUUGAUACAUUUAUCACUGCAUUGUUAUACUCCAAAGUGUUACCCAAUAAUUGUUUGUGAUUUUUUUUUAGUUACUUAGUAAGAUUAUUAUUUUUUUGGAUUGAACUGUCCCGUCUGCACUGUAUUUAAAAGGUCUCCUAGUAAAACAAACUUUGGUGUUGAUUGCUCUUUGUUUUGGAGAAUAGUUUUUUUUUUAUCAUUUUACUUCAAAAUGUAAUUUCUCAACAAUCUCAACUCAUCUGAUUUUUAUUCGAUGUUUGCCUCCUUUUGAAAAGGAGUUUGCUGUGAAGCACUGCAUCGCUUGGAGACAAUCACAACCUUUUUUUUUAAAAUGCAGAUGAGAUCGAGUGGGAGGCGUGCUUGAAAAGGCGUUUGUUCGAUUGUUCAGUGUCGUACUACCUACGAGGGCUCGAGGGUAAAUGUGCUUAUUAUCAAUCCUGAUGCACAUUUGAGAAAAGUGAGACCAUAUGCAAACUUUGCAUCUCUUUCUUUUCCGCAUGUCUCAUCUGUUUUUGAGGCAACAACCUGCAAAAAGAAACAACCAUGCAAUAUUUAAGUGGCUUUAUUUUAAGACGUUUCCUCUUUUUCUUUCUAAUGCCAAAUACUGUUAUUAUCUUUAAAAUGCCGUCUGUUUUUAUUGUCUUUUUUUUUUAUGUAUUUCAUCUCAUUUUCAAGGACCUGAUGUGGAGGCUACAUGGAGUCAUGUAAAGAGCCUGAAUGUGAUCCUGUAAACUGAAAACUUAUCAUCAUAAUUAAUGCUAAUUUAAUUACAGUAAUCACUUUUUUUUACCCCCCCCCCCCCCCCCCCCUCUCAGUACCCAUCUGGGACCUGGACACAGUCCUGUAAGAUUUGCCUGUGAACCUAAGACACUCAGUAUAAUGUAAAUAAAUUUUAAAGUUUCA